AUGGCCUCCUUCGGUAGAGGUCGUGGAUAUGCUGGUGGUGGUGGCUUUAACUCCUUCUCGGGAGUGCGGCUGAAAGCAAGCAAUCGUGGGAGGUUAGACCCCGACCCGGCAGACUUUGAUGUGGACUUCAGUUCAUCCCUUGAGGUCGAUCUUGGUGCAGGUUUAGGCACCGGCGUCCAGCGCGACUCCUUCGGCUUCACGUCCCAGUCGGGAAAUCGAUCACGAGGUCUGAAGGCCAGCAGCUUCCAGCAUGUACCAACCACAGGCCCGAGGCCUGGCGGUGUGCUGCAGGGCUUGGAACAGAUGCCUUUCGACCAUCAGAUCAGAGCGAUGCGCUGGAGGGGGGAUGGUGUGUGCUGCUUUAUCUUGGCAGGGAGUGGCGGGAUCGAUGCUUUUCGAGCAUCUCGAGUGUUGCCGCAUUUGCUGCACUUGAGCACGCUCAGCACCGGACACCUGUCGCAAGCAGAUCUCAGUGGAUUUCGAGCCUGUGUGCUCCUAGCUGACCUUAUGGAUUGGCCGGCCACCGAAGAGAACGCACCAGACCUUGUGGCCGCAUGCAAAGAACUAGCAUCAAAUGGUUCUGCAGUUGCCGUAGUUGCAGUUUUCUUGUCCCCCAUCCCGGGCGGACCCGACAGGGAUGCAGCAGCCACUGCUGCAUUGCAGAAUGCCGUGCUUGGAGCUGGAGCAGACUGCGUCUUAUUCUCGUGCCCCUCGCAUCCCGUGACUUUUCGGCACUUGCAAACAGCUAUUCAGGGCACAGAGGCCUGGCACGAAAGGAUCGCAGAAGCGAUUGAGAGUGCCCAGGCCAAGUUGGCCAGGGCCCAGGAGCAGCGCUGGCAGAGGCACUACCAGAUCGCUCUUCGCAAGAUUGUGUGGAAGGCACCGCAGACGGUGUUUCCACACAUCCCUCAGGAGGAUGCGGACCUGCAGGAGCGUGAGGAUGGUGUUGGAGACUGCUCCUUCGUUCGUGUGAUCGGGUCUGGUGCCUUUGGCAGCGUCUUUCUCGGGCGACAUCCUAGGCUCGGUGAUGUCGCCGUGAAGGCCAUCAAAAAAGCGUCCAUCAAGAACAUCUUUGACCUCGCCAAGGUGGAGCGGGAGCUGAGCAUCCUCAUGGGAGUGCUUGACCAUCCCAAUGUGCUGCAGAUUCUCUCGUGUCUACACAGCGCGAACAAUUUGUACAUUGUCAUGGAGUUCCUCGGGGAGUACACUCUCCACACCUACUUGCAACUUCGGCAAUCAGGAUCUGCCCGCAAUGUGGUCAUGCUACCGUUUCAGGAGGUGCAGAGCAUUUUCGGUGACAUCUUGAAAGCCAUUGCCCAUUGUCAUGCCGCUCAUGUGUGCCACCGUGACCUGAAAUUCAAGAACAUGAUGAUCGAUGCAAAUAGCCGUGUGACUAUGGUGGAUUUCGGACUCGCAGUGCAAGUUGCACCCGGGCAAGAGCUGCAUGACUCCUGUGGCACAGUGCCUUUUGCCGCGCCAGAGGUCAUGUUGUGCAGCCCGACCAAAGGCUACGACGGCACAGUUGCGGAUACCUGGAGCAUCGCGGUAUGCCUGGUGGAGCUACUCUGUGGGUUGGGAACGGUGGAAAGCAUCAUUGGUCUCACGGCAGACGACGAGGCCAAUUUUGAGCAUAUCGCUCAACAAUGCCUUCUCCUAUGCACUGAUUACGUGCACCAGCUGGUCUUAUCAUACGCCGGCAAGGAUGUACAAGGUGUGCAUCGGAAUGACCUGGUCAAGACCAUGCGCGGCACCUUUCGGGAGAACCCUAAGUCAAGAAUGUCCGUCCGGGACAUUGGUGCUUUGGAAGCGUUCUCUGCAAAGGCAGGUCCACUUCCCAAGGCAAAGAAGCAUCGGGGUGAGAACGACGACGAUGAGCGAUCUUCUUGGACUCAGUCCCAGUACUCUUACCCAAAGAGUGGGGGCAGCGGCGAGGGCGACGAGACAUUGUCAGACCUGUCUGUGCAGGACUGGAUCGGUGCCGAGGCCGACCAGGGCAUCCGACCGGUGCAGCCUCUCUUGGAACGAAUAGGUGGCUCUCAAACGGUGGUGAAGGUCGUGAGCACUGUCUACGAUUGGCUGUUGCCCCGUCCGGAAUUCGGGAAAUUUUUCCUGGCAUGCCCACUGAAGAUGGGAAGAAUACGAGCCGGAAUCAGUUCCUUCCUCACGGAGCUGUUGGAAGAUCACGGCAAGGUCGACCUGGACAUGCUGUCCAACGUGCACUGGAACCUGGGUGUGUCGGACUUCCUCUUCACGGACUUCGCAGAUGCCUUGCUCGAGGCGUUUCGAACUUGGGGAUCCCGGGGUGAUUCUGCCAUGGCAGAGAUCCAGGCUUCCAUCGAGAAGCUGCGGCUUCCCAUCACAGCAGGCCAUCGCGCGCGCCUGGCCACGGCACAGACAGACCGGUGCCCGCAGGAGAUUGUCUGGCUCAUGAGCGCCCUUGGCAUUGUCGCAGAGGACUUCGCCCAAGCCCUCUCAGACCUGCUGACACAGGAUGCGAGACUGGAGGCAUGCCUUAACGAGACAGAGAAGCGCGACGAAGAAACCAACCUCGCCACCUUGCACCAGUUUGCGAGGACGCUGUGGCAGGGCACGAUCGACGCUGCUAUGGAGGUUGUCUUCGCCGGUGAGCAGCCUCUGUUUCAGCAAGACAUCGGUGCCGUCACCCUCUUCUGCGAGAACGUUCGGCAGGUCUUGACAGAAACAGGCUUAGAGGACAACGAUGCCAAGGACAUGCAAGUUCUCAUGGAGCAUUCUGGUGAGCUCGUCCUAAACCGGGCUCGCAAUGCCAGACUUGUGCAGCCACCCAGCAUGGCACACGACGUUCAGUGGUUCCAGAAAACAAUGUUCGACCUGUGCAAGGCUGACUCCUACUUGCAAUUCUUUGCGGAGAGCCCCAAGAUGGAACUUUGCUUUCAGUCCAUCUUCAAACUGAUCAUGAACGGUGGCACACCACCUACUGGUGCAGCCUUCUCCAGUAAGCUCCGGAGCGCCCACCAAGAUCUCUACCUGACCGAUGCGCGAUACAGUGCCUUCCUUGCGCAGGUGGACAAAGUGCUGCGAGCGAUGUUCCCAUGGCCUGUGCAUCCUGCCGCAGUCGCGAACAACAACAUUCGAUCCUUGGAGGGGUUUCGAACCGAAGUUCUGUGCGGCAGUACUUUGCGAAGCUCUCGGCUGCAGGCUGUCGAAGGCAUGCUGAACGCAGGUGUGGAUUCCAGCAAACAGAAAAUCGCCAGGAACGCGAGAAAGGGCCGGGUAAUGGCUGCCAUGCAGCGAUGCGCUGGGAAGCUGUUUGGUGCCAUAAGCUCGGACUCACGGGUGUCCGUUUUCUUUCGCAACACAGACCCGGCAUGCAAGGACCGUAAAGCCAAGUAUCUGGGCUGUGCGAUGGGAGGCUCCCUGCCAGCUGCUGUCACUCCCAGCCACACCACUCCCGGUGCCACGCCGGGCACGACGAGUCCAAGCUCCAUCUCCUCGGCCAGUUCUCUUCCCAUGUCUCCCACCUCAUCCCUCAAGCAGCAGCACCAGCUUUUCCGCAUCUCGGACUACCACUUUGACGUCUUCCUGGACCAUGUGCGCACAUCCUUGGGGGCCGAGGAUCCCGAGGCUGCGGACCUGGCCCCAGCCCAGCUGGAGAAUCUUCGGCAGCACGUCGUCCUAACCGGCCGUGCACAGGCUUGCCCUGUCUCGGGGAACACAGCCUCGAAUGGCCGAGUCUGUCCAUUCGCUCGCCGGUCCGCAGACGGUAGUGCUCCGCUUUUGGAACGAGUCGGUGGCUCAGAGGAGAUCGAAAAGAUCCUGGCCCACAUGGAGCGGGAGGCCGCUUCCUCGUCCAUCUUGGUCCCUUUCCUGCAGAAACAGGACGAGUUGCCGUGUCGGCUUGCGAUACGGAACUUGCUGGCCACAGCGGCCGCAGGCGACAAGCUUCCUGAAGUUGAUCCGCAGAAGCUGCGAGAGAAACACGCAAGCUUGCAAAUGCUGCCUGAACAUCGUGAGAAGUGGCUGAGCUGCUUCAACAAGAGCAUGGUGGCACAUAUUUUACCGCCAGAAGUGGCAGAGAAGCUGCAGGCAUGCUUCCAGUCGCUGAUGUCCUCCAUGGUGUGUCCCUCCGAAGCGGAGCAAGAGGACGAUGCGGAGGAAGAUAGGUGUGCAGAAGAGAAGUCUGCAGUUGAUUGGGGUCGGCUUCAGGGAUUGAUGGAUGAACUCGAGGGCGAAAAAGGCCUGAGCAAAUUGAUCGAGGCUUGGUACCAGCGAAUAAGCGAAGAUCCCACCAUAAACGUGUUCUUCACCGGCACGAGGCCUCAAGUGAUGAUGUUCCAAACUCGUUUCUGGAAGAAGGUCCUCCGAUCAGGACUCGAACCUGAUGGCCGUAGACAGCUUCAGCUCAUCAGCGUCCACCAGCAUUUGCGCAUCACGCACAACCACUUUGACUCGUUCGUCCGGUGUUUAAUGCUGGCUUGCGACCAGCUGAACUUGAGCCAGCCGUCUUCCAACAACAUGAGAGCGGCUGUGGAAUGUUUCCGGCCGCAGAUUGUGUCGGAGAACUGA